AUUUAGUAAAUAACCUGAGGAUAGUCUCUUUCAAAAAAGAACGGCUUUUUCUUUUUUAAAUUGCAACAUUUUUCUCAUAAUUUUAAGAGUUUACUCUUGUAAAAUUACAACCCUUUUCUAAUUCAUUUACUACGCAAUUCUUUCAUUUUGUUAUGAUAAUUAAGGAAUAACUGAAAAAACAAAGAAAAUUUAAGGCUUUUGCUAAUAAUAAUAAUAAAAAUAACUAUAUUUGGCCCAAAGACAGCGUACAAUUUAUAAACUCGAUAAAAUUAGAGUAUAUCACGGGUUUUCAUUAAAUAUUUUGAUUUGAACUUCCUUUUCCCGCGCUUGUGUCACUCUUUGAAAUGACCGGGCUAAACGACGACCACCAAGGAAGGUUCCUACUUGGUUGAAAAAAAAAAAACCGCUACAGUGGGGCGGGGUGUCGGGGUUUUGUCGCAGUUGGCGAUGCAGCAAUAUAGAAAUAGUUCUUAUCACAACACUGCCCGUGUUUCCACACAUAUUUUUACUCCGUAGACUUUAUGCUGCAACACAGUGGGCGGUAGUUUUCAUGUGAGUACUUUUUUUUCCAGUAGCGGGCAGAAUUUUCCACACACGCAGCCCCCCCGGCGUACACACAAAAAGCUUGAUGUACGAACAUGCAGGAGGAGAGGGGUAAAAUCGUGGGGCAACUCCGCUGCCAAGAAGAGGACCCUCUUAAUCCCAGUCAGGGGUUCCCAGGACUCAACGAGUCGCACGCUCCGGAGCUUGUGCACGUUUCAGAGAAAAGUCUCUCUGAGAUUGAGAAUGUUCACGGAUACGUGUCCCACUCACACAUCUCCCCUCUCAAGGCCAGUCCGGCUCCGAUAAUUGUCAACACAGAAAACUUGGAGUCACUUCCUACUGUCAAUGGCGUAGAAACACAGUAUGAUUUUGAAGAAAUCACGUUAGAACGGAGUAACUCAGGGCUGGGCUUCAGCAUAGCUGGGGGGACUGACAACCCCCACUUUGGGGAAGACCCUGGCAUCUACAUAACCAAGAUCAUCCCUGGAGGAGCUGCAGCCGAGGAUGGACGCCUCAAAGUCAAUGACUGCAUCCUGCGGGUGAACGAUGCCGACGUAGCCGAAGUCUCCCACGGCAAAGCCGUAGAGGCCCUGAAGAUCGCAGGUUCUGUGGUGCAUCUGUACGUACGUCGACGCAGGCCCGCUCCAGAAACUGUCGUCGAGAUCAAAAUCAUCAAAGGUCCCAAAGGACUUGGUUUCAGUAUUGCAGGUGGAGUUGGAAACCAGCACCUCCCUGGAGACAACAGCAUCUACAUCACUAAAAUCAUCGAUGGGGGGGCGGCGCAGAAAGAAGGCCGACUGCAUGUUGGCGACAGGUUAUUAAUGGUAAAUAACUGCAGUGUGGAGGAAGUUUCUCAUGAAGACGCUGUGACCAUUUUGAAGAACACAUCAGACGAAGUCUUUCUAAAAGUGGGGAAACCCACACAGGUCUUCCUGUCAGAUCCGUAUGGGCUCUCCAACGUCAAACGCUCGUUUUCUCCUACGAUGGAAAGUCUCACCUCCUCUCCCGUCGUCUGCCGCACAUCAGACUUCAGAUCGGGUCUUUGCUCUUCCUCCCCCCGAAGUCACUCCCCCCUCAAUAUGCACCUGCAGGAUGAAGAUGAAAUAAGCAGGCCUCCAGAGCCGGUUUACAGCACUGUGAACAAACACUGUGAAAAAGCUCCCUCCCCCCGACACAGUUUCCCUGCAGACUUCAACAAAAGCCCCCUUCACUCCUCCCCCCAACCUAACUGUCACUUAAACCCGCUCCCUGACCCAAACGCCAGGGAACCCAGGAAAGUGGUUCUGCACAAGGGCUCCACGGGCCUGGGCUUCAACAUCGUAGGUGGUGAAGACGGAGAGGGGAUCUUUGUCUCCUUCAUUCUCGCCGGAGGACCCGCCGACCUGAGCGGCGAGCUCAGACGAGGCGACCAAAUCUUAUCAGUGAAUGGCAUCGACCUCAGAGGAGCCACACAUGAACAGGCAGCGGCGGCACUGAAAGGGGCGGGGCAAGUGGUCACCAUCUUUGCCCAGUACAGACCAGAAGGUACGUCGCCACAGAUAUACGGGAUAAAAACAGAGCUGCUACCAGAAUACAGUCGCUUUGAGGCCAAAAUUCAUGACCUCAGGGAGCAGAUGAUGAACCACAGCAUGAGCUCUGGUUCAGGAUCUCUUCGAACCAAUCAGAAGAAGUCUCUCUAUGUCAGAGCACUGUUUGACUAUGAAAAGGCGAAGGACAGUGGGCUCCCCAGCCAAGGGCUCAGCUUCAGGUACGGAGACAUCCUCCAUGUCAUCAACGCCGCCGAUGAUGAGUGGUGGCAGGCCCGCCGUGUCACCCUGCAUGGAGACAGUGAGGAAAUGGGCGUCAUCCCUAGUAAGAGACGGGUGGAAAGGAAAGACCGUGCACGCCUUAAAACUGUGAAAUUCAAUGCAAAACUCGGGUCUUCUGAUUCAAGAGGGUCAUUCACUGACACGCAUAAAAAGAGUUUCAUCUUCACACGAAAGUUCCCAUUCUACAAGAACAAAGAGGACGAGCAGGAUGCCAGUGAUUCACAACGAAGUAGAGAUGAGGUGAUUCUGUCGUAUGAAGCUGUGCUGCGACAAGAAAUUGAUUAUGCCAGACCAGUCAUAAUCCUUGGACCAAUGAAGGACAGGAUCAAUGAAGAUCUGAUCUCAGAGUUCCCAGACAAGUUCGGUUCUUGUGUUCCGCAUACAACGAGGCAGAGGAGGGACGGCGAGGUCGACGGGCGGGACUACCACUUCGUGACAUCCAGAGAGCAAAUGGAGAGAGACAUCCAAGAGCACAAGUUCAUCGAGGCGGGACAGUACAAUGAAAAUCUGUAUGGAACAAGUGUCCAGUCUGUGAAAUAUGUGGCUGAAAGGGGUAAACACUGUAUUCUGGAUGUUUCUGGAAACGCCAUCAAGCGACUUCAAGUAGCGCAGCUCUUCCCGAUUGCAAUCUUCAUAAAACCAAAAUCUGUUGAAUCAUUAUUAGACAUGAAUAAGAGACUAUCCGAGGAACAAGCGAGGAAGAUGUUCGACAGGGCGAUGAAACUGGAGCAGGAGUUUGGAGAGUUCUUCACAGCAAUGGUUCAAGGAGACUCCUUAGAGGACAUAUAUAACCAAUGCAAACAGGUCAUAGACGAACAUUCAGGACCCUAUAUUUGGAUCCCUGCAAAGGAGAAACUAUGACUCACCCUCCUGGAAGGAAACCAAGACUGCUUGGAAUUAGUAAUAAGCUGUAAAUAAAAAAUAAGAACUGAGAAAGAAUGGAUAUGUCUUCCAUUUAUACUCGCUAAGGAUAAGUUAUUUUUUAUUUUAUUUUUUUCUGCUGUUGUUUUGUUUUUCACUCAACGUGGACGAUUGAAAGAAAGAUCAAAAGUUGAGAGAAUCUAAAUUUGCAGAUGUGUGGGUUUUACUCACAGAGGUUCAUGGGCACCACAGCUGUAACACCUUCUCUCUCCUGUCACGCUGCAACGACAAAAUAAAACAAACUGAUUUCAAGA